GAGCCCGACAGCGCGGCUUGCGCCGAAGAGCCUGGGAAAGCGCCCGAGGCGGUCAACGGCGCGGGGCGGGGGAGGCGGAUUGACUGCCGGCGCGAAGGCUGGCGUGGCCCUCCGGCCUCCUUGCUUGGCCGCUGCCGCGCCUCCGUCUGCUGCUGGAGGAUGAGGAAGGCGCUUCGGCGUCGCCGCCCCACCUGCCCGGUGGCUCGGCUCCCGGUCGUCGUCCUCGCCGCCGCCGCCGCCACCCUGAGUUGCUGCUGGGCAGAUGACAAUAUCUUUACCAUUCGCCAUGAAAAAACCAAGAAGUGCAUCCAGGUUAAAAACCAGCAGAUAACAGCAGAUGACUGCAAUGAGACGAAAGAGACUUUAUGGACGUGGGUCUCUGAACAUCGCCUUUUUAACUUGGGAUCCCAAAAAUGCCUUGGACUAGAUACUACUAAAUCCCAGAAUCCCUUGAAAAUGGUAGAUUGUGAUUCAGACAUUACACUGUGGUGGAGAUGUUCUGAUGCCACCAUAUAUUCUGCCUCUCGGAACAAGCUUACCUUGAAGGACAGAAUUAUAACUGUAAGCAUGGAUUCUUCUGAUACCUGGAGAAGAAGCAAUUCCAGUGAUGUUAUUUGUAAAAUUCCAUACAGUAAGGUUUAUACCAGGGAUGGGAACUCCUAUGGAGCGCCUUGUGAAUUUCCCUUUCUGGUGAAUAAGACAUGGCAUCAUGACUGCAUACACAGUGACACUGUCAUGGGUGAAGAGUGGUGUUCUACAACCUCCAAUUUUGAUCAAGAUGGAAGAUGGGGUGUCUGCUUAAAACCAGAGGAUGGCUGUCAGAAUACAUGGGAGCAUGAUGCACAGUCUGGAAACUGCUACCAGUUAAAUACGCUGGCUCUUGUAUCCUGGGAAGAAGCCUAUGUCUCCUGUCGGAGGCAAGGUGGAGAUUUGCUGAGCAUCAGCAGUGUAUCUGAACUAAAUGACAUACAAGCUAAAGAUGGCAUUCCAGGGACAUUCUGGAUUGGAUUAAAUCAACUGGAUAUAUCAGGAGGCUGGCAGUGGUCAGAUCAUACCCCCUUGAGCUUCAUUAACUGGAGUCCAGAGAUGCAAGAUUCAUCUCUCCUGGAUAUAACUGGAUGUGCAGCCAUGCAUGCUGACACAGGUGAUUGGAAGAGUUACCCUUGUACGACUGGUCUUCCUUAUGUCUGCAAGAAACAGAUCAAUAAUACCAAACUAGACUUUCCAGGAGUCCAAAGCUACCUAGAGACUGAGUGUGGACUUGAGUGGAAUCCUCACAAUGGAUUCUGCUAUAUGCUAAUGAGUGGCACUGCUUCAUGGAAAGAUGCCUAUCAGUCAUGCAAUGCAAGUAAUAGUAGCCUCGUCAGCAUACAUUCCUUAGCAGAUAUUGAAUUGGCUGUUACAAAACUUCACAAUGAAACAAGAGACAAAGUGUGGAUGGGAUUAAUGAAUGAAGACACUCCAGCUUUGUUUAAGUGGUCAGAUGGUUCAAAAGUAGUGUUUACUUACUGGGAGAAGAAUGAGCCCCAAAUCCCUUCCAAUAGCACUCCCAACUGUGUGGCUUAUUCAGGAAAGAUGGGUCGAUGGAGUGUCCUCCCUUGUGAAGAACAGCUGAAAUAUGUGUGCAUGAAAAAAGGAAAGGUCUUGGAUAAACCAAAACCUGAUAAAAAAUGUUCUUCUGAUGAGGGGUGGAUCAAGCAUGGAGAUUUUUGUUACAAGGUUGACAAGAACGAAGUAUCAUUUGGAAAAGUAUGCAAUCUUACUAUAACAAACAGAUUUGAACAAGAAUUCAUAAACUCUUUGAUUAAAAAGUAUAGUGGAGUUGACAUCAUCUAUUUCUGGACUGGCUUGCAAGAUAUUAACUCUUCGGGAGAAUAUAUCUGGGGAAGUGCAGAUGGAAAUCAUGAAAUGCUAACGUACACAAACUGGGGUUAUUUUCAACCAGAAACCCGUGGAGGAUGUGCUGUUAUGUCACACGGUGGACAGCUUGGAAAAUGGGAGGUGAAGGAUUGCAAAACAUUUAAAGCAUACUCAAUUUGCAAGAAGUACGUUGGACCCAAAAGAGAACAAGACAAGCCUCCUAAAGUAACUGACCCUUGUCCUCCAGGGUGGCAGAGUGGAUCAGGUCUUUCCUGUUACAAGUUCUUCCAUAAAGAAAGAGUGCUGAGAACCAGAACCUGGGAAGAAGCAGAGAGAUUCUGCGAAGAACUUGGAGGACACCUUCCUAGUUUCAGCCACUUAAAGGAAAUAAGGGAGUUCCAUACCAUACUGAGAGAGAUCAUCAGCAAUGACAGAUGGGUCUGGGUUGGGCUAAAUAAGAGGAAUCCAGAAUCUCAAGGAUCGUGGCAGUGGAGUGACAAUAAACCUGUGUCUACUGUUCUUAUGCCGGCUGAGUUUAGAGAAGAUGAAUACGAUACCAGAAACUGUGCAGCUCUCAAGACGCUUAGAGCAAUACGACGAUCAUAUUAUAUGUACUAUCUUGAUGACAGAGAGGAGGAUUUCUACCUAAAACCUUUCCACUGUGGUUCAAAACUUGAAUGGGUAUGCCAGAUCCCUAAAGGCAGAAUUGUAAAUACUCCAGAAUGGUACAAACCAGAUGAAGAUAGAGUUGAUACGCUAAAUAUCGAUGGGUCUGAAUUCUGGUUUGUGCCAGAUAAGCGCUUGAGCUAUCAAGAAGCUGCUCUUUACUGUUCUGAAAACGGAAGUGAUUUGGCUUACGUGACCUCUUUCACAGCACUAACUACAAUUCUAAGCAGAAUAGCACAUUUAACAGAUGCAAGACAGAGUUGGUGGGUGAAAUAUACGCCUCCUACAAACCGGUACCGUUCCUUUUUUUCAGUAUUUUCAUAUUAUCAUGAACGACACUUCAGAGACUGUUGGCAUAUUUCCUACCAAAGCUGGUAUAGAGACAGCACAAUAAACUGCAAUACGAAACUUCCCUUCAUUUGUGAGAAAUACAAUGCAUCACUGUUGGAGACACAUGAUCCAGGUUAUAAGCCACCUCAGAGAAAAUGUCCUGAAAAUUGGGUUCUUUUUCUAGAUAAGUGUUUUCUAACAGUGCCCCCUCGGGAACUAAAUUUUAAAGAAGCAAAGGACUAUUGUAAUUCAUAUGGCGGCUUGCUUCCUUCUAUCAAAAGCCAAGUUGAACAAGAUUUUAUAACAUCUUUGCUUCCGGGUUUGCCCAAAAAUAUUUGGAUUGGUUUGUGCUUUCGGGUCCACUUGCGUGAAAACAAGUGGGUAGAUGGCAGUGAUUUGGAAUAUAGCAACUUCCACCCCUUGCUUCAAGGAAAGCUAAGGAAGGUUCAGCUUGAUCUAUUUGAUGAGGAGGUAAACAACCAGUGUGGUAUUUUACUCAACAAUCCCAAGUCAACAUAUGUUGGUACUUGGAAUUUCACUUCCUGUGCUGAUACACAGUCCGUAGCCCUGUGCCAAAGCAAGUCUGAACCAGAUGCUUUAGAAAACCAGACACAGCAAGUGCUUAACAUCAGUGUGAGCUAUCUCGAUGUCACAUACACCAUAAUUUUGAAGAACCUGACAUGGAUUGAUGCCCAGCAGGAGUGUUUGCAGAAUAAUAUGCAGCUGGUUAGCAUCACAAAUGAAUACCAGCAAGCUUUUCUUGCUACUCAAGCUGCCCGUCAUAAUUACCCACUGUGGAUUGGACUCUCCAGCAAAGAUGAUGGAGUACAUUACCACUGGUCUGAUAGAAAACAUAUUCGUUUUAGUCGCUGGUUUGAAGAAGAUGAAGAUUUAGUUGAUGACUGUGUGUAUUUGGAUAGCGAUGGAUUUUGGAAAACAGCUGAAUGUUACUCAGAGAAACCAGGAAUGGUUUGCUACUUAGCAGGAAAUGAAACACGAGAAACAGAAUCACAUCAUGAAUCUAUUAAAUGCCCCCACAAAGUUAAGAACACACCAUGGAUAGCAUUUCGCAACAGUUGUUAUACAUUCGUGAUAACAAAAGACAGAGGGAAAGGGUUUACAUCAGAUGAAGCCCACCGUUUAUGUAAGAUGAUGAAUUCAAAUGCAUCUCUCUUGAAUAUCAGGGAUGAACAUGAAAAUGAUUUCAUUGUUGAGCAACUUCAUCCUUUCAGUGGCCUUGCUCAGUGGCUGUGGUUGGGUCUGAUUUAUAAGGCUGAAGGUAAUACUCUGAUGUGGUAUGAUGAUACACAGCUCUCAUAUAACAACUGGAGACUGGGAAGGCCUUACUUAAAGAGUGAUAAUUUUGUUGCUGGUAUUAACCUGGAUGGUUUCUGGGAUAUUUACAAUUACACUGACAACUGGAAAGCCUUGCAAUUCAGUCUACACAGCAUCCUUGUCUGUAAAAUAGAAAUGGGGCCCAGAGAAGACAGUCCAUCACUGCCUAGAUCUCUGUCGUAUAAAAACAACACCUACUGGAUACUUAAAGAACAGGUCAAUUGGUAUGAUGCCUGGAAAGAAUGCAAACUAAAAGGAAGUGAUUUAGCCAGCAUUCAUAGUGCAUCAGAUCAAGAAUUCCUAGAAAAGAUUGUGAAGAAUGAUGGAUUUCCAUUGUGGAUUGGUUUGUCCAAUCAUAAUGAAAGUGAUUCUGACUUGUGGUCUGAUGGAAGUGCAUUUGACUACAAACCCUUAAAAUAUGAUCAUUCACCUGCCCCCAGAAACUGUGUUGUCCUGAACACUAAAGGGUUAUGGAAUCACAUGGAAUGCACACGUCGUGCCGAUGGUGCUAUUUGUUAUUCUUCGCCAACGAAAAUGCAGUCAAAGCAAGCUGAAAUGUCUGCAAAAUGUCCCCAAAUUACUGGCGGAACUUCACAGUGGAUACAAUAUAAAGAUCAUUGCUAUGCAUUUGAUAUGGCAUUUUACAAUUUCUCAACAUACACUGUGGAUGCUGCUAAGGACGUCUGCAGGAAAAUUGAUCCUUCUGCAAUGCUUCUGACUAUCAAGGAUGCAGAGGAAAAUACGUUUGUGACUGCACACUUAAGAGAAUAUUACUUCGUCACUGGACAAGUAUGGCUUGGAAUGCAGUCUGAAGCUCUGUCUUUGAAGUGGCUUGAUGGCUCAGAGGUUAAAUAUGCCAACUGGGCAAAGGGAAAUCAAAAUGCCAAGGGCGAUUGCAAUGUUAUCUUCUCAACAAAUGGAACAUGGUCCAAAAGCUACUGCAAGGCUGUCCAAAGCAGAGUCGUUUGCAAAGCCCCUCAAGUUGCUAAUCAAGCCGGAGGCGCAAUCGCUGUUGCUGUUUUAAUUAUUGUGGUUAUCCUCGCUGGUUUGAUAUGCUUCCUGUACAAAAAGAAGCAGCUGCAUUGGGGUGGAUUCUCUUCCGUACGCUAUGAACGCGGGAUGUAUGAAGAUGAAACAGACAGUAUGUUUACCAGAGAUGGCGAUUGAAGAGCCGUUCCCGCUUGGUUGCAGUCAAAUGUUUUCUUGAAUGGGCUGUCUUGGCACUUUCUUCAGAGAUUUGCUUUAGCAAAUCCGUGCCAAAUAUGUUAAGUAGCAGGUGGAUUUUGACCAACUGGGUACAGUGUGUUUUUAUUGAUCGUUAAAGGUUAACUGACAGUAACCUUUCUGUGAAAUUUAAGAGGAAAAUGUGUCUCGUGUGUUUUCAUCAAAUAUUUAAAUUCCCAUCAAACUUUGCACUUUUCAUGGGCUUUAAAGUUUGCACAUCUAUGGAAGGUACAUGCUCUAUCCUCGUGUUGAUAUUGAGAUAUGCUGCAUAUGCCCCCUCUGGAAUCUAUUAGAAGGUGCCCAGAGUCUGAAAUCUAACUUAGUGAACAUAAAAUGUGUGAGACAGCUUUAAGGUUAACCACACUCCAUUUAAAGCUCUGUACCCAGCGAGUCUGAGUAAAUUUAAGGCCUUCUGCUGAAAUGUGAAGUAUCUUUUAGCCUAAGAUUCUCUCCAUGUUGUUCAAAGAUGUAAUUUGGACUUUGUGACUCCUUUUUAGUUUAAAAACAACAGUAUCACUCCCAGCACACACAGACCUCUUUCUCGAUUGUUUCCUACAUGUAGAAGAAAUUGUUUGUUCUGUUUUCCCUGUGAUGGCAUCUGUUUCAAGGAACCAUUCAAAGCAUUCUCCAUUACAAGUAAAAGGGUCCUUAAGCUACACUCCUGGUCUAGAAAUAAGCCUUUCUGAACUCAGAGCAACUUUGCUUCUUAGUAUAUAUAUAUAUAUCUAGGAUUGCAUUAUUAGUGAGUUUGGGGGAAAUGAUAAUAAAUUUAUUACUUGAGGUAUAAGACUAACAUGUCUUCUAAGGAGUGGUGUAGUGGUAAUUAAUUAUUCAGUGUAGGUGCUCAUCACAACUGUCUCCAUAGCCACACACCCAGUAGAACCUAAAAAUGCAGGCAGCUGUCUUGAGCCAUACCAACAACAAACCAGUUCUAGCACUUUUCAUCUCCACUAAGAUUAAAGCCAAGACACUCCAAAAAAGUUCACAUUGCAACUGGGAUAACUUGUAACACUAUAUUACUGUUGAGACAACUCUAUCCUCCCCCCCAGUUCCAGUGAAGAUUACAGAUAAGGUACGAAAUAAAAGGGAGGCCUGAGGAGCGUGGCAGAUAUUGCUAAUUCCCUGUUAAUCAAAAAGUCUUCGCUGCACCAUGUUACUGAUUUUAAUACAAUAAAAGGGAAAGCCUUCAUUCUUACAGUACUGUAAUUCCAUUAACCUAGUGAUGAUGUGCAAGAGAAAUGUGCAACCAGUACUAAAGUAUUACUGAUUUUUUUUUAAAAAAAAGAAAUAUUGUAAAAGUGAAUAGUAAAAAUGCAUCAGUUUACUGCUAAGUUAAUUCUUUUUAAAAGUCGAUCUACAUUAUUGUUUUCAAAUGCAGAGACCAUAAUCCUGAUCCCACAUAGGCAGGAGCUUCUCACUGCAUAUAAGGCAAGAAAUGCUCUUCAUAAGUUUGAUGGAUUUCUUCUCCUGUAUAAGCAGAAGGGAUCCUAUGUGUGCAUGGAGUUCUGUAUUGUGGCUCAGGGGCAAUGAUUCAGCCCUGACGACUCUGUCUAGAGAUAGGAACAUGCAAUUAUUCAGUUGUGACCUCAGCAGGGAGGAAAAGAGCAUAAAAAUCUAAUCAGUUUAUCAACACAAUUUUCUGGAGACAGAUUUCUGUCUGCCUUACUUUCCAAACUCUGGAACAAACAUGCAUAAUAUACAUGCCUAUAGCACACAAAUACACACAUACAAAAAACACAAGUGGGCCUUUCUCCAUAUGUGUAGGAGCUCUUCUAGACUGGCAUAAAUCUUCUCUUUUUGAGGUCUUCCUCCGCAUCAUUUAAAAUAUAACAUAUUUUGAUUUUUACGACACCUCCACAAGUAUAUUUUCAGUGACAAGAGCACAAUAAUCUGUCCGUAUCAAAUAUGGUCAGGGGGAAGGAUCUUGCUGUGAGGAGUGGAGCCACUGUUCAGCUCCUUAUACCCUCUGAAUAGGCGUGUGUUCUGGAUCACACAAGUCAGCAAGUUGGAGAGGGGAAAACAAAAAGUGAAGCUUCACAAAAUGGAAUAAUUUUGCAGUGAAAGUGGAUAUAAUGCCUGUCUCCCGAACAGUGUUCAAAAAAAUGCCACCAAAGACUUGUAUGAUACCAUUCCGCUUAGCAGUGGCAACAGUUAUGUGCUAACCAUUGUGACUGCCGAGUCACAACGGUGAGGACACAUAACUGAUUAAAGCAUUGUCAAUUUUCAAGAUGCCAAAUAUUGCUCUUCCGAUAUUUGGAAAUUGCGAUGACCUUGCAACAAAUGCUACUCCAAGGAACACGGGAAAAGAAGAUGAGUGUUAUGCAAACAGUGAUUGUACGGAGAGGCCCUUAAUUUAGUGCCUGUAUGAAUGGCCCAGGUGGGACUGCUGAAGAAGAGUGGUGCACAUAUCUGUAUCUACGUAGAGAAAAAGCAAUGCACUUUACCUUUGUUGAAUGCAUGAUUUAGGUAAAUUAUAUGCCAUUAAUCAAGUCCAAAAUUAGUAAUGCUAGAGAAGUUUCUUCAGCAUUUUCUUAAAAUAUGCAUUUUAUGAAAGUGUUUUUCUGACACAGGCCCUGACGCACGUCCUCGUGCCUGCAUGUCAGGCAGACGAUUAGUGUUGUCAUGUGCGACAAAGUCAGUCUUCAAGUAGGCAACAGAGAGAAGAGGUGGGGCUGCACUUAGUCCUCAAACAUACUAAUCAGAGAACUAGAAAAGCAGGCUAUUUACCACAUAUUAAAGGUUAUUCAGACAUACACUGGGAAUUCAGGGGCUAAUUUUCCAGACUGUACUAGCCAAAAAGAAGGGAAGGAGAUCAGAGGAGGUUAGAAGGAAGUCAACAUCCCAAUCUACUCAAGCUCCUUUUUGGAGAGAAGUUUUGGGAAGAAUAAGGUGUGGGGAAGGGCUGCAGUUUGGUGUUUUUUGUUUGUUUGUUUUUUUAAGAAAAAGGUUCUAUCCUGACAGUGGUAGCCAUAGUGCUGCCCUUUCAUGUCCCCAUGUUAAAUAUACUUGUGUAGACUGGAUUGCAAAGACUACUGCAUUCAUCGUUCCCAAAACAGAAGGAGGUGAUGCUUUAUCACAUGCUGUGUCCUUUUGUACAUGCAGUAAUUACUAUGGUUUGGCAUAUUUUCAGUUCUCUAAAUAGUGCAUUCAACAUUACAGAAUUUAUGACUGUUUGCACUCUGGCUGUUGUUUUUUUAAUGUAAAUUUACAAAUAGAAAAUUUAUUUUAAGUAUAUGAUCAGGGCUGUUCAAAUAUGCAAGAUAUAUACAUACAAAAAUAUGCCAGUGUUUCUAUAAAGCAUUUAUUUGUAUAAUAUUCUGGAAGAUAAAAUUUUUAUGUUAUAUUUUUAACUGUGUGGGGUUUGUGGGCCUUGCCCCCAAGAACAGUUGUUCUUAGACAUGUUGAGAAAUGUUAUGUGAAUUAAUACAAAUGCCUUAAUAUCUCUGACUAGUCUUGUUCAGAAUUCAAAGUGAAAUCUACCUGUGGUCAUAGUCUUAGAAAUAGCAGAUUUAUAGAAAGCUUCAAUGGUUGUUAAAUUAGAUUCAUUCUUGCAAAAGAGAAAAUUAAGUUGCAAUAGUUCUUGACCUUGUAAGUUUUCUUCCCAUUUUUCAGUAUUUAAAUAUAAAUUUUAAAUAUAAAAUUUAAACAUAAAGAUGUUAAUGUUACAAUAAAGGUAAAACCAAAAUCGGUAUUGUGCUGGUGAAUUGGUUCUUUGUGAGCAGGUUGCAGAUAAUAAAUAAAAGCAGUUUCUCAAGUAACAAGGCAGAGA